CUUCGCAACGCUCGCAACUUUAUCGCAAAUGUCAGAAAGAAAUUCGCGAAUCUACGAAAUCAAAUGCGUAUCUUCGAGUCGUAGGCGCGUAAUCGGCGCACUCUCGACGAUUCUCGAUAGCGAUUCGCGACACGUUCGACGCGAUUUCUACGUGCGAUAAUCGUUAAUUCCGACAAACGACUGACGACGUCGUUUCGACCAAUACGGAUAGAUAGAUUCUGACGAGUAUAUGCAAUUCGAUCGUUCGUACGUCAGGACACGGGCGAUUCGCCGGUACACGUAUCCGCUGCAACCAUAGUCUAAAACGUGUGUACAACGAAGAGAUUGAAAUCGAUUGCACCGAAGCUCGAAACCCGUCGUCACGGGGCGGUCCGGGGGAGGAGACGAGAAAGAAACGAAGAAGAGGAGAAGGUGGGGAUCCAGGCUGAACCUUUGACCUCGGUGCAAGACACGACAAAGCUCUCCUCCUCUGUUACACGGUCCUCGGCUAUUGCAGGCUCGAUGACCUCGAACCGAGGCUACGAAACACCGAAGCCUAGACUCCAUCGUCCGAGGUCCUAACGCGCCGUUAUCGCAUUACGUUCGUUUCAGCUCGAGCAAUCUCGCGUCAUUUACGUGCUGCCGCAAUUACCAGAGAGCACGUCGCACGACACUGAAACGUGUACACCGAAUCCCUUGGAUUUUAGCGAAGGCGAACCAACAACUGGCGUUUCAAUCGCGCUUCGAACGAAGAUAACCGACGGAUGAACCGCGGGUGAACGAACCAGCUGCUCGCUCGAGGCAAUAACCACGUUUCGAACGAUCGUUCGAGGAGGAAACGAGUCGGUUGAUUUUGGAAGGAUCUAACCAACACGCGGGAAACGAAAAUGAACGGCGAUCGGCGUAAUGACCGGUCUCGAAGCAGGAUUUACGUGCUCUCGAAGCAGGAUUCCGGAGAUCGACAGAGAAGAAGAACCUAGAACAAACCUGCGAAAUGGCGAGCCUUACACGGCAGCCUACCGUAAGUAUCGCUGGAUCGCUCAAUCGACCGGCAGGAAAAACGAGGAUCGAGUGGAAGGGGGAGGCGAACGAUCGCGGACGCGCUAUCCUCGCUCGAAGACGAAGAAAGAGAAAUAGAGGGAAAUAGAAGAGGAAGGGAAGAGAAAGAAGCUGGGUAGAUACAGGAGAGAAGAAAUAGGGAGAGGUGGAAAGGGAGCAAAAACCGAGGGAAAGAAGAAAUCCAGGAAGCAGUCAGUUGUUGAAACACGAGCAAAAGAUGGGCUCGUCCGCGAUCGGUACGAUGGCGACUGUGGUCGCUGGCGUCACGCUGCUGGCUUUCGCCACCGUCGCUCACGCUGCUCUAGCUAGGACAGCGUUCGAGAAGCUGACAGACUACGAUUACCGCGGAACGACGUACUACAGCGUGAGGAACCUGUCUUUGUACGAGUGUCAGGGCUGGUGCCGCGAGGAGUCCGAGUGUCAGGCGGCGGCGUUCUCGUUCGUCGUAAAUCCUUUGGCGCCGAUGCAGGACACCCUGUGCCAGCUGCAGAACGAGACAGCGGCGACGAAUCCCGCGGCACAACCGCAGAGAGCUGCGAACAUGUACUACAUGACGAAGCUUCAGAUCAGAUCAGAGAACGUCUGUCUGCGACCAUGGUCCUUCGAACGUGUUCCAAACAAGAUGAUUCGUGGCCUGGACAAUGCUUUGAUCUAUACAUCGACGAAAGAGGCUUGUCUCGCGGCUUGUCUCAACGAACAUCGAUUCACCUGCCGCUCCGUCGAAUACAACUACGUAACUUUACAAUGCCAUUUGAGCGAUUCCGAUCGAAGAACGACCGGCCAGUAUGUGCAAUUUGUAGACGCCCAGGGCGUGGAUUAUUUCGAGAAUCUAUGCUUGAAAGGGAAAGAAGCGUGCAAGUCGCAGAGGAACUUUCAGAUGCCACGAAUCGGAGUGGCCGACGAUAAGGUCGCGCAAUACGCGGGAUUACAUUAUUACACGGACAAAGAGCUGCAGGUUCAGAGCGAAUCCGCGUGUAGGUUGGCUUGCGAAAUUGAGAACGAGUUCCUCUGUAGAUCGUUCCUCUAUCGCGGUGCUCCUCAAGGAUCGGCAUACAAUUGUCAGUUAUUCCAUUUGGAUCACUGGACUCUUCCUGAUGGACCUUCCACGUACCUCAAUGCGGAACGACCUCUGAUCGAUAACGGAGAAAGAGUUGGAACUUAUUUCGAGAAUUAUUGCGAAAAGGGUACAGGACCAUUAGCGGAUCCGCCAGUCGUUUUCGAGACCACGGAAGACCCCACUAUCAAUAACCUCACGAGAAACGACAUAAACUGCGAUAAAACUGGUACCUGUUACGACGUAUCGGUGGACUGUAAAGACACGCGAAUUGCCGUCCAAGUUCGUACGAACAAGCCGUUUAAUGGUCGGAUUUACGCUCUCGGCCGUUCGGAGACCUGCAACAUUGAUGUGAUUAAUAGCGAUCUCUUCAGGCUCGACCUGACCAUGAGUGGGCAGGACUGUAACACCCAGAGCGUGCGUGACGGUUUUCAGACUGGCAUCUACUCGAAUACGGUCGUCCUCCAGCAUCAUUCCGUGGUGAUGACCAAGGCGGACAAAAUUUACAAAGUGAAGUGCACUUACGACAUGUCCUCCAAAAAUAUCACAUUCGGGAUGAUGCCUAUCAGGGACCCGGAAAUGAUAAGUAUCACCAGCGCGCCGGAAGCCCCUCCACCAAGGAUCCGCAUUCUGGACAGCAGGUCCAGGGAAGUCGAGACUGUUCGUAUCGGAGACAAGCUAACAUUCAGAAUCGAAAUCCCGGAAGAUACUCCCUAUGGAAUUUUCGCAAGAAGUUGCGUCGCCAUGGCCAAAGACUCAAAAAGUACCUUCCAGAUCAUCGAUGACGAAGGAUGUCCAGUAGAUCCAUCCAUCUUUCCAAGCUUCACGCCCGACGGAAACGCACUUCAAUCUGUCUACGAGGCAUUUAGAUUCACCGAGUCUUACGGUGUGAUCUUCCAGUGCAACGUCAAGUACUGUUUGGGACCGUGCGAACCGGCUGUCUGCGAAUGGGGACGAGAGUCGGUGGAAUCGUGGGGUAAGAGGCGUCGAAGAAGCAUCGCGAAUGCCACUGAGGAAAAAGCGGAGGACAUGACGUUGUCUCAGGAAAUCCUUGUUCUCGAUUUUGGCGACGAGAAACAGUCAGACUUCUUGAAAAGUGACGCCAGUAUAGACUUCAACGAAGCCGAUAAAACGGUAACCAUAAUAGAACCCUGUCCAACGAAGACUUCGGUACUUAUUCUAGGAGUGACGUGCGCCCUGUUGGUUCUUAUUUACGUUUCCACGAUCUUUUGCUACUACAUGAAGAAAUGGCUGUCACCUCGCAAGAUGAUGCCCUGAAAAAUUCCCAUCUAGGCUGGGGAUCCACCGAGUUGCUCAGGUGGUGACGAAAGAAGCGACAAGGAAAACUCCAUAUAAAGUGCAAACUCACCUCGCGUAACGCGUCGUACGUGUUACAUGAUAGCAUGCGGUGAACCCGAUGGACACGUGUUCGCGUAGACGCAUGGAAAAUUUGCAGUUUCGCGCUGUCAUUCUCGAUAUUACUCACGGUUCGCGCCUCUCUCACAAAGCUAGCAGCCGUACGGUAAAAACAUUCGUGUUUCCAUACGGGCUACGCGAACAUAUUUUUCAUUCAGACGGCGCGGUUUCGGGUUUGUCGCGAUGCUUCGUUACUGUCGAGGACUUAUCAUUUAUACAUUAGGCGAGAACACGAUAUUCGAACGUUGCGUUUAACUCGUGAAGCAAUUUAAUUAAUCGCAGUACAGAUGCCCCUUACCCUCGAAGCUUCCAAGCAUAAUUCACGAUGAAUGUAACGUUAGAAAGGCGAGGCAAAAUUAAACAGAAGAGGAAAAACAAGGAGUAUCUCUAAAAAAAGAAAGCUAAAUCGAAGAUCUAUUGUUCGCCGUUAAAUCGAGGACUUGCACAUGGCGGAAGUCACAGGUCGGUUAUGCAACGCUCUGAAGAAAAUCAUUUCAUUGACGAUGUUAAAGCACACUCAUUAUAGAACACUUUAAAUAUAAUUUCACACGGACACGCGACAUUAAACGAUGUGGCGUGUGACGAGAAUCACGAGGCUCGCCGCUUGUGCAACGCCUCGAAAGGGGGAUUAGUUUUACAUACAGCUGAGGAUCGAUGUCGUAUACAAACGACAGAGGUAGACACGUUGGUUUCAGAAUAUCUUACGGGACAAGCUCUACACUUACGCAUUUUACGUCUGACAUUCCACUCAUUUAUACAUAAUAUUUAUCAUACAUAUCGGAUCUUUUAGAUCGCAUGGGUCGAAGAUCGCAGGGAUCUUGCGUGCAAUAUUUCGUAGGGAGUCGCGGAACAUCCAUUUUCUCGACAACGAUGAAACAAUGGGAGAUAAAGGAAUCACGCCUCGCGUGGACGUCCCUCUGACGUCGUGUUCCUCGUAUCGAGAAAAGAAAUGAUACAUUUGAUCGAGGAUCGUCGAUUGGACGAAAAUUGUUCCCCGAUCCGCGAUUACUACGUUCUUUUCGCUAAGAACAACCAGGGACACCCUGACGACAAACGUUGUAAUAAGUACACUUUAUUUAAGUACAUCUUAGACACAGCUAACUGUCUUAUCUCUUAAGGGCUACUUCUGAUCGGGUUGCAAGGGAAAUAAGAUGUAACGAGCGACAAUUCUUUCCCCCUUCGUUGCUCGGUACAAUCUCUGUGAACUUUUCAGGUUGUUGCCGAACGAGAUAGGUUUCUCGUCGAUCAUAUAUCGUUCGGCACAGCCCUAGCCACGUUUUAUAUCCCACGGAAAUCUACUUAUAACCCGUAUCAAGACUAGCGAUAUUUAAAGGUUCACGCUUCACUAACGUUUCUAACGAUACAACUAGCGUUUAAGGUAGAAAAUAAACGAAGCAUGUAAGCAUAGGUAGAAGCAAGAACAAAAGAACGAACGAGAAAGAGCAUUUUUUCAUCACGAUUAAUAGGUACGCCGUUGAAGUCAUGCUGGCGCCUUUAUCGACCGCACAGAACUGUCUUCCCUGUUUUUAUGUAAUCAACUAUCAGGAUCAUUGAAAAAUUACAGUUACCGUGGCAGUACAAAAAGACGAACGGUAAAUUCAACGUCCCCGUUAAUUGGAAGAUUAAUGCACUAGAAGUCUAGCAUGAACUCCGAUCACGAAAUUGAAGUUGAUGAAAGUGUCGAUCGCUCGAAACAAACUGCGAGAAAAACCGAGCUUUCGGGAUUAUUAGGUGCAGAUAAUUUGAUCCUCGAUAUCGAAUCACAGAUAUUCCAAUGUCGAAUCACGCUAAAUUUCCAUUCCAUCUUAUAACUAUAGGUCGUCGAAACAAACGACACCAUCGCUCCAAAAUGACAGAUACGAGUGAAUCGUUUUAAUGAAAAUUUCGUGUAGGAUCGAUGUUGAAACAUAUUUUUAAUAAAGCCCAAAUGAUCCAUA